AUGCCCAAACUUAGUAAGAUCCUACUAAUCGCAGGGUUCUUGGUGACAGCCAUCAACCUCUCGUAUGUGCUCCACAGCUACAUCUACAACACCACACUGUCUUCCUCUUCCACUUCUGAAGACUACACCUUCGUCGGUUACCACCAAGACAAAGGCAACAACUUCAUGGUGAUAGAGAAACAUUUCGACUCGAUUAUCACUGACGAUACUGACGUUAGACAGGUCUGGUCGUUCAUGAACACAGACUUCGCUCUGGAAAAGAUCGACUACAACAUAAAGCUUAUCAACGGGUACAACUACCAGAACUUGAUUGAGAGAACAACAGACUUUACGCUUGUGAAGCUUAACGGCUCAUACGUAGACAAGUUCGAUGCUGAACGUAAGUUUAUUUCAGCAUUCAAAAAGUUCUUCGACGAACUUUUCACACUUAUCGAAGACUGUGAUCCCGAGAUCGAGACUGUCAACGAUGAAAUCCACUAUGCUGCCGCCAUGGAGGAGGAAAAAUAUCCCCAUAUGGAAGGGAAAAUUAACGUUUACGGUGGACAUUAUCGUGAGAACUACUUGGACGAACCCAUUAGGACUAAAGAUAUGUUGGCCAACUAUCUCCGUCUUUCUGACGACGAGAAAACGGCACUUAAGGAUUCUCACAAGAAAUUCUUGGAUAAGAUGCCCACGGAAUGGCCUGCAGACUUGACAUCGUACAACAAGUUCAAUCUCUUCAUGAAGGGCGAUGGGAUCGUUUAUCUUGGAGGAGGUGAGUACUUUCAGUUGGCUUUUCUUUCUAUUAAGACCUUGCGUUCCAACGGCUCUAAACUUCCUGUAGAGGUCAUUGUUCCUACAGAAGAGGACUAUGAUGUAGAUUUCUGUAACAAGCUCUUGCCCAUGCUCAACGGUGAGUGUAAGUUGAUCUCAGACUUUUUGCCAGAAAACAUCGUCCACAACAUCACGGGUUAUCAGUUGAAGAAUGUCGCUCUUCUUGUGUCUUCGUUCGAAAGAGUUCUCUACUUGGACGCAGACAACAUUCCCAUCAAGAACCCGGACGCUUUCUUCAACAACAAACCUUUUGUGAACAGGCACCUUGUCCUCUGGCCCGAUUUGUGGAGACGCUCAACAUCGCCCACUUUCUACGACAUAGCUGAUAUCAAGAUCGACUACAACAAAAGAUCAAGAAACAGUUACUUUCCGGGUGAUGCUAGAGGAGCUUUAGCUGAUAAAAGCAAAUAUUCGAUGCACGACUGUGAAGGAGCCAUACCCGAAGCCUCGUCAGAAACGGGCCAGAUACUUAUCAACAAACGGGUUCAUUUUAAGACGUUGAUUCUCUCUAUGUACUACAACUUCUACGGGCCCAAUUUCUACUACCCAUUGUUGUCGCAAGGAGCCGCUGGUGAAGGUGAUAAGGAAACGUUUAUAGCUGCUGCACACAAGUUGAAUCUCCCAUACUAUCAGGUUAAGGAGUUCAACCGUGAGUUUGGGCCACCUAACGAGUUCAACCACCACCAGUUCUUUGGUAUGGGACAGUAUGAUCCUAUUAUAGACUAUAUUCAAUCGAAUGAGGACGAUGAGGAAUUCCUUAGAUUGGAGGAAACCGACAAGUUUGUCGACUACUAUAACAGCAAGAGGCCCACGUAUGGCCACAACGACGAAGACACAGUGAAAAACAACUACGACUACCACAUGUUCCAGAGUUCGUCACUUUUCUUCCUCCAUGCAAACUGGCCCAAGUGGUUUCUUGAAGAAGUGUUUAUCGAAAACUACCACGGCAGAGGUCCUCUCGAUGCCGACGAUUUGAGAAGAAGGUUGUACGAUAAAGACUUGCCACGGGAAUUGGGUGGCUACGACUUCGAGAAAGUCAUUGUGAAGAAUUUGAAGUGGUGUUUUUGUGAAACCACGCAGUUCAAAUUAACAGGAGUUCCAGAAGACGGUACCCCGGAAAGAGCCAAGAUUUGUAAGGAGAUUGAAGCUCAAUUGAAAUACUACGAGGAAAAUAAGCCAUAGCUGCGUCCAAGUAAUACAACAAACAAACAAAACGUACUUAAGCAUUGGCUAUUAUAUCAGGAAGCUAUAUGUAUAUAUGUAUAUAUAUCCCGAGACUGAUAAGUUAAACAACAAUCACAGAUAUGACGUUAUUGUAAUGUAAUAAUUAUUCACAUUUCUUCUCGCAUGUUUGUGGUUUCUCAAUCUGCAACUCUAAUUACUGUUGAGAUCUAUAUGUUUCAUUUUCAUGAUUCUACAAUAUACCUAUACUUCAAA